CGCCUGUGCGCGCUGAAGCCGGUGUCUGUCGGAGACGUCGUUCGUGCUUCGCGGCGCGUACUCGUUUGUUUACAAAACAAAAGCGGACCAGCUGUUGACUUUUUUUUUUUUUAUUUACGAAAUACUUGAGGUGUUCCGGCUCCCUCCCUCGCCCUGGAUGAGAGGACCCUGCUCCGUUUUUCGCCUGCGCAACCUGGAUAUCGCUGGAAUACCGUUCUAGCCUGUCGGAUACCAUGUUGCUCUCCAAGCUGAACACCUUGGCCCACAUCUCUGCCGGGGACAUGCCCGCCAAGAUCCAGCUGAACCAAGUGAAGGAGAAGGAGUCCUUCGAGAAGCUCUAUCAGGUCGGCGCCGUGCUGGGCAGCGGCGGGUUCGGCACGGUCUACUCCGCGACCAGGCUCGCGGACGGAAUCCCGGUCGCAGUUAAACAUGUGGCCAAGGACCGUGUAUCCGAGUGGGGCGAACUGCCCGGCGGUGCGCGGGUGCCCAUGGAGAUCGUGUUGCUGAAGAAGGUCGGCACUGGUUUCCGCGGCGUCAUCAAGAUGCUGGACUGGUUCGAGCGAGCGGACAGCUUCAUCAUCGUCAUGGAGCGGCCGGAAAACGUCAAGGACUUGUUCGAUUUCAUCACGGAGAAAGGCGCGCUGUCGGAGGAGCUGGCGCGCAGCUUCUUCCGCCAGGUGCUGGAGGCCGUGCGCCACUGCCACAACUGCGGCGUGGUGCACCGGGACAUCAAGGACGAGAACAUCCUCAUUGACCUCCGCAGCGGGGAGAUGAAGCUCAUCGACUUCGGCUCCGGAGCCCUGCUCAAGGACACCUUCUACACCGACUUUGAUGGUACACGUGUUUACAGUCCGCCAGAGUGGAUCCGCUAUCACCGCUACCAGGGACGCUCUGCCACCGUCUGGUCCCUCGGUGUCUUGCUGUACGACAUGGUGUGCGGAGACAUCCCCUUUGAACACGACGAGGAGAUUGUCGGAGGACAAGUGCUGUUCAGAAGAAGAGUCUCAACAGAAUGCCAGCAGCUCAUCAAGUGGUGUCUCGCCAUGCGGCCGGCCGAUCGCCCGUCCUUCGAGGACAUCUUCAACCACCCGUGGAUGCAGAGCACGCAAGCCUCCGUGGUCACUCCCACGACGCAGCCGGACAAGAGCAGCACGGAGAUCCGGCUGCACAGCAUUGCCCACGAGGCCUCCGCCUUCACCCCCGCCGUCGUGGGCGUGGCACGGUGACACCACUGCAGAAAGGACUUGAAACAGAACUCCUGCACACCGAGCAGGGCGGCUGCUAAACUCUGCGAGCACACCAGCUACUUGAAGCGGGUGGUGGUCUUAUCUGCUGGUGCGUUGCCUCGCACGAGGACUUGCCGAGUCAGCAAAGAUUCCUGGCUACACAGCACGGGCUGGCCGGUCCACGAGGGCAGACUGUGACUUGUCUAACCUGUGGCAGCACUGUACGCCGCUCCCUCCACUAGCGUCAGACCCGAAACGUGGCGUCUUUCCAAGUGCCUUCUGUGAGACUGUGGGGGACCCUGAAAUACUUGAAUUUGGGAAUUGGAAAAGGCGUGGUCCUUUUGAUUCCUACGCUGUACAAGGCUUUAUAUCAUUUCCUCCUGCUGUCAUUUCUCUCACAGGCCUAGAUCAGUAAAGCCUGUCACCGUCACCUCUACUUUCACGUCAAUGUCAACCAGACAACCUCAUAUCUCUCGCAGCAACCUUCUAAAGAAAUAUACACUGGAUUUACCUCACUUUCCUCAGAACACUCUCAGCCGUCGCGGCCUCCUUUUCUCUUUUGGUUGACAGUAUGCAAACACGGGGAGAUCUGGCUCAUUCUUCUCCACCUUGAUGCACGAAGCAAUGCAAAGUGAAGCGUACCAAAAUGCACCAUCCUCUGCUCUUCUACCAUUAAAUUUUUGUCAACAGUGCCUCACACAGUUCUUAAAGUUCACUGAGGCCGAGAAUUGUAAAUAAUAUUUAUUUUUUUGGGCAGAAUUUAUUUAUUUUAUUUAUAAGAGAAUCCGGCUGGACGUCGAUUUCAUUCCACAGUCACUGAAGGGCCCACCCAUUAUUAUUCUGACCAUAUUUAUGGCUUGAUUCUUUUAAGAGCAAAGGACGUGUAUGUUUGUGUAUGUAACCUGUAAAUAUAUGUACAAAGAAGUUCCAUCCUAAUGUAUCUGAACACUGAACCUCUGCUGAUGCGCGUGUGUGCGUGUGCGUGCGUUUGCACUGUGAAAGAUACGUCUGCAAGAGUCUUCAGCUUGGAUUGUUGUUUUUGCAUCUGUUUAAGUUACAGUUGUAAGUUAUGUUCCAAACUAUUUUUCUACGAGUUCAAUAAAUAUUUUUAU